AUGCUCGAGGCUGUACAGCUGGGCGACAUCGUGGGCAUCGACAUGUUCGGCAAUCUUUCCCGAAAGUACUACAACAAGGUCAAGGAUUAUGAUCCAGAGUUCGCCCAGUGGGCCGACCCCCCCAUCGAGAUGGAUUUCUUCUACAUCUCCUCGACCCUCGCGCCCGCCGAGAUGACGCCUGGGCUGAAGUUCGUCCCCAACGUCACCUACGACGACUGCCCCCGCGACCUCGACCUCGUCCUUAUCGGAGGUCCUAUGCCUGACCACCGCCCUCCAUCAGCCGACCGCUUCAUGAAAGAGGCCUUCCCCAAGACAAAGGUGUGGCUGACAACCUGCACCGGCAGCCUUUGGCUGGCCAGCGCCGGUGUUCUGAAGGGCAAGAUAGCAACAACCAACAGAGAGUUACUCAAGUUUGCGAGGGAGACCCACCCCGAGACCGAGUGGCUCGAUAAACGGUGGGUAGUUGAGGAGAAAGAGUACGAAGGCGAGGGCAAGGGCGAGCUCUGGACUGCUGGCGGAGCAGGCGCCAGCCUCUCUAUGAUCAUCAAAUACUUGAACAAGAACUUUGAUCCGGGGUUCGUCCAGAAGCUGGGAAUCGAUGUCAUCGCCUUUGAGGAGCUGGCCCUGAACCAGUUUUACAAGACCUCAAGGUAG